CUUCUGAUCCAGCGGCGACCCCUGGCCCACAGACGAAGAAACUUCCUCCGCGUGGUUGGCUCGCAAGUCAAUAUACAUAUCGGCAAAGUGGAAAGGAAAUGUGGCUAGAUGAAAUGACAUUAUUGGAGAGCAACCUCAACGGAAGAGUUAAAGGCAUUGUACGUACAGCGCUUUACGUUGACUGAGUAGAGUGAAUCAUGUUAACAAGAGUCUUGCAACAGUUGUUCAACCAGAAGAGAACUAAGAACGGGCUUUAUAUACAGAUUCGCGACAAGAAAAAGAUGAAAGAACUGAUAGAGGGGCGAACAAAGGAAAAAGAUCUCAAAAAUCUGAACCUGAGUCCUGGAGAUCAAACCCGCAUAGCGAUCCAGCGGUUACGGGAGACGAUUGGAGCUCUCAAAUACAUGCAGGAUAAGAAGAUCUCAAAGAUAUUUGUCGACCAGAAGAACAGAAUGGGAGCGAUGAUUGGGCAUAUCGAUCGAGAGCUGCACAAGACACCCCGAGUGUAUAAGGGUGACGUAGAGGGUCAUCCGUGGCAGGAACAAAAACUCGAAGAGAAAUGGAAUGCCUACAUGGACAACGUCUUUUCCGUGGCAAAGCAAAGAGCUACAGAUUACAUGAAACUCAAUAUUGGUGUUUUGAAAGAUGAGUGGAACUCUGACAAGAAGAAGAACGAGUUCAAGGCCGAUUCGAACGAUGAUCAGGCGAAGAAGGACAAAAAGAAAGGACUAAAGAAGACCCAAGAAGAAACCCUGGCUCUUAUCAAAAAACUUAGCGACGAGUGGGACAAGGUCAACGACUGGCAAAAGCCAGAGAACUGGUAGAGUGACUGCUUUCGAUGCGUGAAUGCCGCAACGGGAUGCGUGGAAAACCUGUGUGGCGUUGGACAUUCACGUG